UGUAGGUAGUGUAGGUAAAACAGUGGUCUCCGAGUCCGGAGAAAAUACCGGAUCACGUUAAAGAGAGAUGGCGAUGAAGAUGUACGCGUUCCUGUCAUCAGUACUGGUGUUUGGUCUAUCCGUCGGGGAUACAGCCCUUGUGUGUACCCCGCAUCCCUCAGAUGUUGUCUUCAUUUUGGAUUCCUCUUCAAGUAUCUGGCCAGAAGAGUUCGUUCGACAACUUGAGUUUGUGGAGAAUAUCACGAAAGUAUUUGACAUAGGCCUCCGGGAAAAUCAAACACGGAUUGGGAUUAUAACUUUUAGUCAUAAAUUGAAAAUAGAACUCUUUUUGAAAGACAGCCAGAACAAGCAUGACGUCAUAUCCGCCAUACGACGCGUUCCCCAUCUCACUGGAGGUACAAGUACCGCAAAGGCGCUUCGGGCAGUUAAAGAACGUAUGUUCAUUCGUGAAAAUGGCGCCAGGCAAAAGGUAAAGAAAAUCGUAGUUGUCAUCACAGAUGGCAUGAGCCACAAUUCCAAUGAGACGAAAAUAGCAGGCGAGAUUGUGCGAGACCUAGGAGUGACGAUCUUUGCAGUAGGUGUCGGAAAGGAUGCGCAAGAGACGGAGCUUCGCAACAUUGCAAGUGUUCCAACAGAAGAUCAUGUCUUCCAUGUUCCCAGCUUCGAGUCGUUACAGACAAUACAGAAACGCUUAUCGAAUCAGACGUGCAGUGGCUCCCUUGUUCCGGAGGCCAUGUUGCAGUCGGACAGUACAGACAUACUCGACGGCUGCGGAGGGAAACCAGCCGAUCUGUAUUUUCUCCUCGAUUCAUCAAGUAGCAUCCGGAAAUCAGACAACCGGAAACAACUCGACUUCGUGAAAGACGUAGUGACCAUGAUUGACAUAGGAGAAAAUAAAACCAGAAUUGGAGUAUCGACAUUUAGUCACAAGUACCAUCAGGAAUUCAGCUUCAAAUCCCAUUUCAACAAAGACGAUUUGCUGCAGGCGAUCGACAAUGUAUCGUACCUGAGGGGCGGAACCGAUACGGCAUCAGCAUUACGUCAUAUCCGGCUCCAGGUAUUCACUACAGCUGCCGCUCGUGAAAAUGUCGCUCAUAUAUUGGUGGUAAUCACUGAUGGUUAUUCCAGAUCCCCGAAAUCUACCGCGGCCGAGGCCGCCCUGCUCCAUCAGAUGGGUGUUAAUGUGUUCGCCGUGGGGGUUACACGUGACGUAGACAUAACAGAACUUGAACAUAUUGCGAGUGAGCCUGGAAAGGAUGCCCAGAGCUUCAUGUUCAACGUGUCCAGCUUUGAUGCUCUGGAGACCAUUAAGAAUGUGCUGGCAAUUCGAACUUGUAACAUAGCGGACCUCAAAUCAGUUUGUAAAAAGGACAAUAACACAGACGUCAUUUUCCUUUUGGAUGUUUCAUCUGUCGGAUCCACUGUUUCCUACGGUAUUAUCGAACGUAUCAACUUAAGCUUAAACACAAACUUCAAAACAGACUUUCACUUCGGCAUCAUGGUCAGUACCUGUUCCGAUAUUCAAGACAAGGAGCUGUCACCUGAUACAAAGAAAACAAUGACAGACAUCUCACCGAAACAUUCAAGAUUUGCAGGACUGGUGAAAAAAGCUAGAUUGACAGGGUUCUCAUUUCGUAAUGGAGGACGGCCAACAGUCAGGAAGCUUUUGUUUACUUUCCUUGAUAACGAAAUCACACCGGAAGCGGAAAUUGAAAUCAAAAUGGCGCGCGAUUGUGGGAUCGAUUUCGUAUUUGUUGUCAUUGACGAUGGAAUCGACACUAAGCGUGUAGAACCGUACGUGACAGGGCGGCAGUAUAUUUUAGAAUACAACACGAAUCAGCCGGGACAGUUCGAACACCAUGUUAGUUACAUGCUUUGUAAUGGUAUAUAAACAUAAUGACCCGUCGCAGUUGCCCCUGUGACACGUGAAUUCCGGGUUCAACAUUUUAUACUUGUAUGCGUAUCCACUCGGAAAGCUCUCAGAGGACGAGGUGUAUACAUUUGGAAAUCAACAUUCCAUUAAUAACCAAAAUCAUUUGAAAAAAACAUCGGCCAAAACAUUGUGUGAGUGGGACAUGUGUAUAUCGUGAUGUUUUUAUGAGAACAGUCUUUGUCUCAGAUAAAACCAUAGAUUAGCUGGUACUCUUGUAAAAAAGAAAAGUUAAACGUAGUAAUGUUAUGUAUCGUUCUAUCUAAAUCUACCAUACAGAGGAUAUUGAGAUUAUCGGUGUACUUCCGGUAUGAUUUGUAACAAUAUCCGGUGUCUAGAUUAAGAGAUCUAAUGCUAUGUGAAUGUAUUAAUUAGUUUUCUUAUGUCGAAUCAAACUUUAAGUCAGUAUUGAUAAGGACCGCUCUAUUGAAGCAAUUGUGUCUUUAUUUCAUGUUAGCUUAGGACUAAAACAUGUAUUUUAUAAACUCCUGUUACCAUGGAAAUAAAAUCUUAUCUUUA